AUGCCUUCUCCCAAGAAGAAGCUCUCGUUCUCGCUUUCGCGACUGAAGGCCAAAAAGAUCUUCCGGUCCAUCAAAAGCCUAUUCCGAAAGGAAGACCGCGUCAAAGAUGAACCUGCUACAGCUCCUGUGGUAGACCAAAAUGUCCAAGAUGGUGUUCGUGAGGACUCUGAGGAGCUAGGUGUCGACAAAAAGACAGUCAUUCACUGUCGAGGAGAAACGCCACCCGCCAGCAGUGAUGAUAACUCUAGCACAUUGCUGUCUGAUAAAGAGUCUGAUAGCUCUUCCGGAUCCGAGAUUUAUCUCGAUGCCCAAGAAACCAUUCUCGACCAUAGCGAUCAGGAGGAGACUGCGGUUCAUGAUGAUGAAACCGAACCCAUGGCCAAAAACGAUACGGGGCUCGACCAACAGCAGCAACAUAACGCUCACCUGACUCUACAAAAGCUCUGCCCAGAGCUGAUAAUCGAGAUCAGGCUGCUUCUCCCACAUAGCAGCCUAUACCUCCUCCAGCAGACCUGUCAAAAGUUCCGUCAGCUGUCAAAGCGAGAUGUAUUCAAGACGUUCAACCUAGAGUUUCGAAGCGGACCUGAGAGCUAUUGUAUCAGCGAGAAUGGCUACCAACAACGCAAAGUCAUUCGGGACCUCUUUGCUCGCAGGACUCUUUGUCAAGAAUGCAACGACAAACGCGAUUCAGGAAAGCUGAAGGAAGCGAUGCAAAAGCUCUACGAGCUGCAAUACUGUCACGGCUGUAAAGCCAGCCACCCUGCGCUGUUCUUCUCCCCCAGAGAGAAGGAGAAACAAUAUACACAGUGCCUGGGUCGAAUCGGAAAUUUCCCCCUUUGCUCGCAUGUGUCUCUUGCAGGACCGGACAUGGUGACUCUGGCCAAUACCGGUGGAGAGGAUGAAUCUAUCGAGUGCAACGAUUUGAGCCAUAAACUGUCACCUUACCUUUACGAGAAAACCGAUACUCCCCACGUUUAUCUCUCGAAUACAGGAGCAUGGAAGGAUGGCCCCACGAAGUACAACUUACGUUUCGCAUUCAGAUCAACCCUCCACCUUGUGGUUCUUGAUGGAUGCUCGAAUAAACAUACGGAAGAAGCCAUUCGACAGUUCAAAAGUGGUUCAUAUGCUGAGUUUGACACAAAAGCUCUAUGCAAGCAUUUCUCCAGCGAGAUCCUGGAUGAGUGUAUUGCUCCCGGCUCAUCUAAGUGCUCAUGCUUCCCACGAUCAGACGGGAGGUCUAUCGAAUGCGGGCUUCUGAAAGCAACACCUAGCGCGACCUGCAAAACUUGCAAAGCGCAAUACCACCUGAGCCUGCAACAAGACUGGCGACUUCUAGGCAUCCCAGGAUCGGUAUCUGGAACUAUUGCUAAAUCAAAGAAACGGGCACAAACCAUGGUAGAUCUCAAGAUUUACAGAGAGUUUUGGGUCAAAACUUUCCUCCAACCCUCGUGGCUCUUCAACCUCACCUACAAUCAUGAUGAGGAGUGCGACCCGCGACUCAAACGAAACCCCCUCUUCAACGAAGGGAUGAAACACGUGCUGUGGUGCACCAACCCUGGUUGUGCGACGGGAUCCGAACGUCGGUGGGAGAGAAUGGCUCUGUUGUAUUUGAACGACGCUUUUAACAAGGAGGAGCUUGAGGACGGUGAUUCUGUUAAUAAGAACCACGUUAGAGACAUGGCCUGGUUGUCGUUUGAGUACGAUGUUUUUAACGACUUGACAACUUGA